AUGGCCGUCGACAAGAAGCGCAAGAACACAAAAGCCCCCGCUAGCGGGCCAAAGCGCCGCAAGACGCAACAGUCGUCCAAGCAGAUCAAGCGACCUGUUUCCGUUGAUGCGCUGGCAUGGAAGACGGUCGACAUUCCCGAAAUGUUCGAUGAUGCCGAGGGUUUCUUUGGUUUGGAAGAAAUUACCGGUGUUGACAUUGUAAAGGACGGAGAUGUUGUCAAGUUCAUGGCUGCGGUCCCCAAGUCAGAGGCAGAGGUAGAAGAUGACGGCGAAGAGUUUGGUGGUUUCGACGACGAAGAGACACCGAAACCUGCUGAAAAUGCGGACCAGGAAGUCGAGACAUCAGAAUCCAAGGCCGAGGCUGCGAGUACUCCGGCCAAGGAAAAGAAGGCCUCCAAGGACCAGAAGAAGCCAAAGGAGCAGCAAAAGCAGCAAAAGCAACAGCCAAAGAAGGAGCAGCCAAAUAAGGCAGCGAAUAAGAAGAACGCCGAGGACAAGAAGAAGGCCCGCAAGAACGAGAAGACUACUGCCGAACCGAAGGACCCCGAACUAGAAACCGAUCUUUUCACCAAACUGGAGGAGCUUCCUGAGCCUGAAGAGGAGGAAAUUGAUAUGUCCGAAUGGGUACCACUCGAUUUGUCGCCUCGAAUGAUCUCGUCCAUCGCCAAACUCAGGUUCUCCAAGCCCACCGUGAUUCAGUCCAAGGCUAUUCCCGAGAUCAUGGCUGGUCACGACGUUAUUGGAAAAGCAUCCACCGGUUCGGGAAAGACGUUGGCAUUCGGCAUUCCCGUCAUCGAAAGCUGGUUGAGCGCUGCUGAGACGAGGAAGCAGAACAAGGAGGAGAGGAAGGGCGCUACAGCGCUGAUUUUGUCACCCACCAGAGAACUUGCCCAGCAGAUCAGAGACCAUCUUCAAGCGCUCUGCAAGGGUCUUCCUACAGCACCUUACAUUUGCUCGGUUCUUGGUGGCAUGGCCGUACAGAAGCAAAAACGCCAGCUUCAGGUCGCCGAUAUCGUCAUUGCGACCCCGGGCAGAAUGUGGGAGGUUAUGAGCUCAGACAACUCUGUGCUCGCUUCUCUGAGGAACAUCUCCUUCCUCGUGUUGGAUGAGGCGGAUAGACUUUUGAAGGACGGUCACUUCAAGGAGGCCGAGGAGAUUUUCAAGGCUCUUGACAGGCCACCGGUGGAAGAGAACAAUGAGGAUCAGAAGAUGGGCGGUACUGAUGAAGAGGGACAGGAAGAGGAAGAAGAGGACAGCGAGGAGGAGGAGGAGGAGGAGGAGGAGGAGGAGGAGGAAGAAGAGCACGUCAACAAGAGGCAGACUCUCAUUUUCUCCGCCACAUUCAACAAGAACUUGCAGCAAAAGUUGGCCGGAAAAUCCAAGUUCAAGGCGACGAGCACCCAAGACAUGGAGUAUCUUCUCCAGAAGCUGAACUUCCGCGAGACCCCCAAAUUUGUCGACGCCAAUCCCGUCCACCAAAUGGCCGAGAACCUCAAGGAGGGUCUCAUUAUGUGCGGCGAUAUGGAGAAGGAUCUAUACCUUUAUGCCACUCUUAUGCUCCAGCCCACACGGCGCGCGCUUGUAUUCACAAACUCGGUCAACUCUGUCCGUCGCCUAACUCCCCUCCUCGAGAACCUCAAUCUUCCGGCCUUCCCUCUCCACUCGGGCAUGAUCCAGCAAGCCCGUCUGCGCUCUAUCGACCGCUUCAAGGCCAACGAAGGCGCGAAGAAGAAGAACGGUUCUGCAGCUAUCCUGGUCGCUACCGAUGUUGCCGCCCGUGGUCUCGAUAUCCCCGACGUCGACCUCGUCAUCCACUACCACGUCCCGCGCGCCGCCGAGGACUACGUGCACCGCUCCGGUCGUACCGCCCGUGCCUCCAACUCGGGCACGAGCAUCCUGCUCUGCGGGCCCAAGGAAGCCGUGCCGACGCAGCGCCUCGUUGCCAAGGUGCACGCCCAAGCCGAGGUCAAGGCUGGCAACUCGGGCAACAACACCAAGAAGCUCGUUUCGAGCGGACUUCGCACCAUCGAUAUCGACCGGCGCAUCGUCGCCAAGUUGCGGGAGCGCGUCGACUUGGCCAAGAAGAUUGCGGAUGCGGUGCAGGCCAAGACCAUGGGUGGAAAGGAGGACGAUUGGAUGAAGAAGGCGGCAGAGGAUCUGGGCGUUGAUUAUGACUCGGAAGAGCUUGAGAAGGCGGGCAAGUGGGGCGGCAAGGGUAGCUCCAAGAAGCAGAAGCAGAAGGAGGCACAGCAGAUGAGCAAGGGCGAGUUGGCGUCGUUGAGGGCUGCGUUGAGGGAUCUCUUGAGCAAGAGGAUCAACACGGGCGUCAGCGAGAGGUACCUCACUGGAUUGGAUGUUAGUGAGCUGCUGAAGGGCGAGCAGGGGCUGUUUUUGGGCCAGGUGGACGGAUUGGGCUUGGAUGAUUAGACGCGGAUUCAUGGCUGUGGUAUUGCAUGUUUCUUUUCACGGUUAGCCCUUUAAUUCGAGCGGUGAUCUACAUA